AUGAGCGAAAUUCAAGAUCUUUCUACUGAUGUUGUCGCAACUACACGAGAUGUGGGGAUAUUGUAUUUACGUCUUCGACAAAUAGAAAAUUGGGCUGAAGAGGAACACAAUUUCCCCCACCCUUUAUUUCCCUUGGGGCCAAGAAUAGCGGCUGUAACCGCUCGAAUAAGAGCGAGAGUACUUAAUCAAGAACAACAACAACAAAGUGUACCGCCACAAGAAAAUGGAAAUCAUGAUCAGAUUGUACCACAACAACAACAAUUAACAUCAUCACAAGGCUGUUCAGAUUUAUUAGCAACAAUAAAAAAGGAAAUGGCGAACAACAACAAUAAUAAUAUGGAUUUAGAUUUGGGUCUAGCCAGAUUAAUGGAUAGACUUAGUCUAAAAGUUGAUAAUUUGAAAGAUGAGAAAGAGGAGUUGCGUGCCCAGGUGGAGGCACAACACCUGGUGAUAGCUGGCCAGCGCCAGCGGAUACACGUUCUGAGGGAAAUGUCCCGGCACCUCCUGUUUCGAGUUGAAAUGCUCGAACAUUGGGCGGUACAGACCGCAAUUGGAAAUUUUAACCGGGUGUUUCCGCCAGUUGAUGAAGAGCUGAUACUUCAGCAUCAGCAUAUGGAGGUGGAUCCUCCUCAACAACAACAACAACAGGCUGAGAAUCCUGUUGAUGAGGAAAUGAAUGACGAUACGAGCAGUGAAGAGGAAUGA